AUGAAUCAGCCCAAUAGAAUAGACUCUUGGUUGUUGCAAGACGAUGAGAAGCCGUUGACCAUCACGGAAGACCCCAAACUGCCGAACGCUUCCACUGUGACGCUGCGGAGACAGGAUCACACUCUGGGCAACAUGAUUCGAGCCCAACUACUCCUAGACCCCACUGUCCUCUUCGCCGGCUACAAAGUCCCUCAUCCCCUCGAGAACGACAUUACCCUUAAAAUCCAAACCGACGAGCGCUCCAAUCCCGCCGAUGCUCUGAAACGCGCCUGCCACCUGCUCAUCCGCCAAACUAUGCAGGUCAAGACGCAGUUCCAGCAGCAGGCGAAGAAUAUCGAGAUGGGUAUGGGUCCAGAGCAGGCUCCCGUGGCUGGGGGCGCUGCUGGCCCUGGCGGGCAGGCAUACGACCCGUAUGGCGAUGGCUUUGGGAGAGAAGGAAAUGUGGUGGUCGGAGGCCAGGCCAGGGAACAGGGCCAGGAUGUCUAUGACUUCUAG